UCCAUAUCCGGUUGAGGCGAUGUUUACAAUGCCGAUGUUGAGCGGCUAACGCUGAGCAUCGACAGAGCGUCCCGCAUUUCACUUCCUUACAUUACAAACCGUUCGCUCACAUCAAAUGGCAUCUCCGGUUCCCCUGACCGCCCGGGCCCCGCCGCCUGCAGCCGGCUGCGGCGCUGUCCGGGGGAAGAAACGGCCCAACGGUCCGGCGGUCUCUGCCGCUCCGCAGGUGACCGGAAGCUGCGGCAGCAAGAAGAAGAAGUGCCAACUGACCGCUGCGCCGACCGCACAGGCACAGAUUACAGCAGUGGUGGAGUCGGUGCCUGAGGUGAAGCCGGUGGCAACAGUGGACUGCGGCCCCACUGCCAUCGCAGAGUCCACAGCAAAGCCUCCCCCCUUCAAAGACCCCGCAUUUAUGCAUUCUGGGAUCGGUGGCGCAGCGGCAGGUAAAAAGAACCGGACCUGGAAGAACCUCAAACAGAUCCUGGCUUUGGAGCGGACAUUACCCUGGCAGCUCAAUGAUCCCAACUACUACAGCAUUGAAGCCCCUCCCUCGUUGAAGCCAACUAAGAAAUACUCUGACAUCUCUGGACUCCCGGCAAACUACACUGACCCUCAGACAAAGCUACGCUUCACAUCCUCUGAGGAGUUCUCCUACAUUCGCCUCCUCCCCACAGACGUUGUCACUGGCUACCUUGCUCUUCGAAAGGCAACAUGCAUCGUCCCCUGACUGCCGAGCAACACCUGAAAUAGUUUCAAACCAGAGUUGAUCUCAUGUCAGUUUAGGACAGGCUGCGCAGCCAAGAGACGGCGAGCACAGGCUGCAUGUGUACGUGUGGACAAUGCAUCAUAAAUGUCAUAAAUGAUUUUGUGUGAAAAAAUAAAUGCAACUUGUGUGAAAUUUGAGGGGUUUUCUUACAUUUAGAAAAAAAGCGUUAUUUGCUUGUCUGAACACUGGUGGAUUUUGAUUGUAAUUAAUCAAUGUCAACUCCUGUGUUACGGGCAAGGAUGCAGUUCACCUCUUUGUGGUAAAACAUCAGUCUCCGUUAGUUAAAAUACAGUUGGUUGGGUUACAGAUGAGUUUUAGACAACAAAUGUAAAAAAAAUAUUUUUUAUAAUGUUUAAGAUUGAUACUACAAAGAUCUCAUUAAAGCUAAUUUGAAAUGUAUGUUAAAGUUGAA